AUGAGGCCCUCCUCCCUCCUCCGCACCAUCUCCUGUAAACUUCCUGCAAGCUUCUCACACUCUCCAGUCACACCAUGGCCUCCGGCACGCACUGCCUUCGACCGAUGGCUCACAUCGGAGCUCGAUGAGCUCCGAUCGAACCCCUUCAGCCUCGACCGAUUCGCAACCGCAGCUUGGCUCUCCAAGGCCCUUGACCUUGCAGUCGCCGUGCAACACUUCACAACCAAGUCCAUCGCCGGCGCCCACGCUACUAAUUCGAGUGCCAUCGAUCGAAAGAUGAUCGAUAAUUAUCUCGACGAUGACGUAGAAUUGCUUGAUGCAUGCAAUGGUUUGAGAGAGAGGAUGGAUGCCAUUAAGCAGUACGUGGACCGGCUUAGCAUUGCAUUGCAUUGGCUUGAAGGAGAGCAUGAGCCUAGUGAGACCAGCAUCAAGCGAGCAAGGGAGGCGUUGGAGUUGUGCCAACUGAUGGAGAAGAGGUGUAGUGAACUGGAGAAAUGCAGGUCCAAUUUGCGAAGGCUAGGCGAGAAGCUCGUCAUCAUCACACAAAGCGCAAGGCCAUGCGAGGACGUGAGCAACCCAAGGGCGCAGCUCCAUGAAGUGCUGAGUGGGUCUCGAAUGGUGGCGCUGCUCGUCGCCGGGAUGCUGGGGAUUGCUCUAUCUUUCAAGCCUCGGCGGGGGAUUCCAUCGGUGCAGUCAUGCAGGAGUACUGCGUCGUGGAUGAGCUCGCUGCAUGAGUUGCGGAAGGAAGUGAGAGAGGAGUUUGAUAGGAGGCGAAGAAGAGAUGGGCUUGUGGGAUUAGAUGAGUUGGAUGCCAUGGCCAUGGCUGCUCGGAGUCUGGGGGAGAUAAUCUCUCGGCGAGGGCGAGGAGAUCAGUUGAAGGUUGCGAUGGAUGUGUUCAAGAGGAGGUGUGAAGAGAUGGAGAGGAGGGUGUGGCCUUUGGAAGGGAAACUUGAUGAGCUCUAUAGACAGCUAAUUGGCAUCAGAGUUGCUUUGUUGGGAAUGCUCACGGUUGCCUGCUGA